GUGGGCCGCCGCGCUCCCGCCGCCGCCAGCGCCUCCGCCUCGCCAUGUCGGGUUCUCCGGUAAAGCGGCAGAGGAUGGAGAGCGUGCUGGACCAGCUCAAGCAGUUCACCACCGUGGUGGCCGACACGGGCGACUUCCACGGUGAGGCCGCGCGGGGGGCCCCGAGUUCGGACACCGGCCGGGCGGCCGUGGCCGGGGCGGGGGUUCGUGGGCACAGAAAGCCGGCCCGCCCCGGCUUCCCCGCUGCAGGCGCCGCUCCCGACCCAGCUCCCGGGGUGGGGGGACACGGGCGAGCCCGGGGCCCGGGGGGACCGGGAAGGAGCGACCCCGGAGCGGGGGGGCGGGGCCUCCGGGAGCCGGGCGCCCAGUCCGAGUCCCGCCCCCGAGCCGAGGGCUUCCGCGGAGCCCCGUGGGGACAGCCGGCCUGUGGCAAGAAUGUGUUUUAUAGAAUCCUGUCCAUUUACACCUCACAAGUCACUAACCUAUUUUCCCCCUGGAAUUUCAGGUCACAAGAGCAGCAGAUUCAGAAUGCCAUUGAUAAACUUUUUGUGUUGUUCGGAGCGGAAAUACUGAAGAAGAUCCCGGGCCGUGUAUCCACGGAAGUCGACGCGAGGCUCUCGUUUGACAAGGACGCCAUGGUGGCCCGAGCCAAACGCCUCAUCGAGCUUUACAAGGAUGCCGGAGUCAGCAAGGACCGGAUUCUGAUAAAGCUGUCAUCCACCUGGGAGGGGAUUCAGGCUGGAAAAGAGCUGGAGGAGCAGCACGGCAUCCACUGCAACAUGACACUGCUGUUCUCCUUCGCCCAGGCCGUAGCCUGCGCCGAGGCGGGCGUGACGCUCAUCUCCCCCUUUGUGGGGCGCAUCCUAGACUGGCACGUGGCCAACACGGGCCAGAAGUCCUACGAACCCCUGGAGGACCCGGGCGUGAAGAGCGUCGCCAAGAUCUACAACUACUACAAGAAGUUCGGCUACAAGACCAUCGUCAUGGGCGCCUCCUUCCGCAACACGGGUGAGAUCAAGGCGCUGGCAGGCUGCGACUUCCUCACCAUCUCACCCAAGCUGCUGGGGGAGCUGCUCAAGGACAACAGCAAGCUGGUGCCCGUUGUGUGUCCUCCCCCAGCCCAGGCCAGUGACCUGGAGAAGAUCCACCUGGACGAGAAGGCCUUCCGCUGGCUGCACAACGAGGACCAGAUGGCUGUGGAGAAGCUCUCGGACGGCAUCCGCAAGUUCGCUGCCGACGCGGUGAAGCUGGAGCGCAUGCUGGAGGAACGAAUGUUCAGCGCAGAGAACGGAAACUAGCUCGGUGCCCGAGGCUGGACACAGAUCUGUGCUGCCCAUGAAUUUGGGUCUGAUUGCAAUGCCUGGUGUGCUGAAUCUUGCAUUUUUUACCAAUUGGAGGAGGGAUGGAUCAUAGAUUUCUGAUUUUAUGGAAAACUUUGCCUAAUGCAUUAAAGCAGUCACUUUUA